UGGGGACGCUGUGCCCUCCCUCUGGGAGCUUGUUUCCACAGGCCGUUUGGGCCCAGGACGCUGAGGCCUCUCAUCUCCAUUCCCUGGGCAGUUGCUCAGUAACUGCCCCACACCUCUUGAGUCCCGAGGGGCCCAACUCAGCCCAGCAGCUGCCCUGGGUGGGAGGCCCUGGAGCAGGGGUUCCGCUGGACGUGAGCUGCCAUGGCCCUGGCUGCUGUGCCCACCGUCUUGCCUUGUGCAAGUGCAAGCCUGGCCCCCUGUGUCCGAGGGGAGGGGCCUUGCCAGGCAGUGCAUGCCCUCGUGCCACCCUCCUUGGGCACUUCGGUGCUUGGGGGCAGGGGAGGACAGGAAAUAGCCAAAGUCCAUGCCAGAGGCUUGUGCCCUGCUGGGCCCUGGCCUGGAGGAGGAUCCCGGGGGUGGUGUCAGCCAGUCUUGGAUCUCGGAGAGCUGGGCCCUGAGCACCCAUUUUCCUGGCUCUUCGGGAUCAGAGUGCCCUCAGGAGAGGCUGGGCAACCCCCUACAAGGGCGUUUGAAGGGAGCACUCUUCUGACCAUUCUUGUGGGGGCAGGGCUGCCCGUUCCCAGCACAGCUUGGCCCUGUCACCUUGGUGGAAUGUCACCUGUGGGGCCUAGCAGGCUGAGCAAUUGGCUGCCUGCAGGGAGAUACCUCUAGAGCCGCCACCCUAGGCCCUACCCACUCCUGGUCUGGGGCCCAUUCAGGGAAGUGUGUGACCCCCAGUGGCUUCCCUCAGUCCCCAGGCCAGCUGGGCACAGCACCUGUGGAGGGACAGGGCCUCUACCAGCAUGCCCUGACGCCCCUUGCUGGGGCGUGCUGGCCCCGCCCACAGAGGGUGGGGUGGGGUGAGCCAGACCUGCCCCCUGGGCCUGCUUUCUGCCUCCAGCCUGGAGAGCUCCUCCCAGGGUCCCAGUCAGAGGUGGGGAGGAAGGAGCCGGGCCUGGGAGCCAGGGCCCCAGAGGUGGUGAAACCCUGACCUGGCUUCCCCCGCCUCCUCCCCUGGCAUGGGGUGGCGGCACAGGGUGGCAGCCCUGGCUCUUUACAUAAUCCUGUGGCUUUGCUGUCUUCACCCACAGCAGCGGGCCCAGUGAAGGGGAAGGGCAGGGCCAGCCACCAUGGCGACGCUCUUCUCCCACCCCCAGCGGCGCCCUCCCUUCUUGCGCCAGGCCAUCAAGAUAAGGCGCCGCAGGGUCAGAGAUCUGCAGGAUCCUCUGCCCCAAACUGCUCAGGAGAUCGAGCCUCCACCCCCCCACUUCUCCCCGGAGGAGCGGACCCUGCUCUAUGAGGAAGCUCUCUACACUGUCCUGCACCGCUUGGGCCAACCUGAGCCCAGCCACGUGAUGGAGGCCUCCGAGCUGCUAAGAUACCUGCAGGAGGCCUUCCACAUGGAGCCUGAGGAGCACCAGCAGAUACUGCAGCGGGCCCAGGAGCUCGAGAAGCCAACAUUUUGUCUGAAGGCAACGGUGAAACAAGCCAAGGGCAUUCUGGGCAAGGAUGUCAGCGGGUUCAGCGAUCCCUACUGCCUGCUGGGCAUCGAGCAGGGGGUGGGCAUGCUGGGGAGCAGCCCCGGGUCCCGGCGUCGGCAGAAGGCUGUGGUGAGGCACACCAUCCCGGAGGAGGAGACCCACCGCACACAGGUCGUCACCCAGACACUCAACCCCGUCUGGGACGAGACCUUCAUCCUGGAGUUUGAGGAUAUAAACAACUCAAGAUUUCAUCUGGACAUGUGGGACCUGGACACUGUGGAGUCUGUCAGACAGAAGCUGGGGGACCUCACAGACCUGCAUGGGCUGCGAAGGAUCUUUAAGGAGGCCCGGAAGGACAAAGGCCAGGACGACUUUUUGGGGAAUGUGGUUCUGAGGCUGCAGGACCUCCGCUGCCGGGAGGAUCAGUGGUACCCUCUGGAGCCUUGCACCGAGACCUACCCGGACCGUGGUCAGUGCCACCUCCAAUUCCAGCUCAUUCACAAGAGGAGGGCCACGGUGGCGAGUCGCUCCCAGCCCAGCUACACGGUGCACCUCCACCUCCUGCAGCAGCUGGUCUCCCAUGAGGUCACCCGGCACCAGGAGGGCAGUACCUCCUGGGAUGGGUCACUGAGUCGCCAGGCUGCCACCAUCCUCUUUCUCCAUGCCACACAAAAGGACCUGUCCGACUUCCACCAGUCCCUGGCGCAGUGGCUGGCCUACAGCCGCCUCUACCAGAGCCUGGAGUUCCCCAGCAGCUGCCUCCUGCACCCCAUCACCAGCAUCGAGUACCAGUGGAUCCGAGGCCGGCUCAAGGCAGAACAGAAUGUGGAGCUGGCCAACUCAUUCAGCUCCCUGCUGGCCUACGGCCUCUCCCUCCUCCGGAGGUUCCGGUCUGUCUUCCCCUUGUCUGUGUCCGACUCCCCAGCCCGGCUGCAGUCUCUCCUCAGGGUCCUGGUACAGAUGUGCAAGAUGAAGGCCUUCGGGGAACUGUGCCCUGACAGCGCCCCCCUGCCUCACCUGGUGACUGAGGCACUGCGGACGGGCACUGCAGAGUGGUUCCACCUGAAGCAGCAGCAUCAUCAGCCCAUGGUGCAGGGCAUUCUGGAGGCGGGCAAGGCCUUGCUGAGCCUGGUACAGGACAUCAUUGGCGACCUGCACCAGUGCCAGCACACAUGGAACAAGAUCUUCUACAAUACCCUCAAGAUCGACCUGUUCUCCACUGCUUUCCUGGAGCUGCAGUGGCUGGUGGCCAAGCGAGUGCAGGACCACACCACGGCGGUGGUGAGCCGCCCUGUCUCCCCCGACACAGGCGAGAGUCUGUUCCAGCUCUACAUCAGCCUCAAGGAGCUCUGCGAGCUGGGUCCCGUCCCCUCGGAGAGGGCCGGAGUCCUGGCCCUGGACGGCUUCCACCGCUGGUUCCAGCCGGCUAUUCCCUCCUGGCUGCAGAAGACUUACAGCGUAGCCCUGGCGCGGGUGCAGCGGGCUGUGCAGAUGGACGAGUUAGUGCCCCUGGGUGAACUGACCAAGCACAGCACGUCAGCUGUGGAUCUGUCCACCUGCUUCGCCCAGAUCAGCCACACCGCCCGGCAGCUGAACUGGCCUGACCCCGAGGAAGCCUUCAUGAUCACUGUCAAGUUCGUGGAGGACACCUGUCGGCUGGCCCUGGUAUACUGCAGCCUUAUAAAGGCCAGGGCCCGCGAUCUCUCUGCAGGCCAGAAGGACCAGGGCCAGGCAGCCAAUAUGUUGUGUGUAGUGGUGAAUGACAUGGAGCAGCUGCGGCUGGUGAUCGGCAAGCUGCCCACCCAGCUGGCAUGGGAAGCGCUGGAGCAGCGGGUAGGGGUUGUGCUGGAGCCAGGGCAGCUGCAGAACACGCUGCAUGCCCAGCUGCAGGGCGCACUGGCUGGGCUGGGCCAUGAGAUCCGCACCGGCGUCCGCACUCUGGCCGAGCAGCUGGAAGCAGGCAUUGCCAAGCACAUCCAGAAACUUGUGGGCAUCAAGGAGUCUGUUCUGCCUGAGGAUGCCAUUCUGCCCCUGAUGAAGUUCCUGGAGGUGAAGCUCUGCUAUAUGAACACCAACUUGGUGCAGGAAAAUUUCAACAGCCUUCUGACCCUGCUCUGGACCCAUACACUCACAGUGCUGGUGGAGGUGGCCGCCUCCCAGCGGAGCUGCCCCCUGGCCUCUAACAGGCUGAAGAUGGCACUGCAGAACCUGGAGAUAUGCUUCUAUGCAGAGGGUUGUGGCCUGCCACCUGAGGCCCUGCACACGGCCACCUUCCAGGCCCUGCAGAGGGACCUGGAGCUGCAGGCAGCCUCCAGCCGCGAGCUCAUCCGGAAGUACUUCUGCACCCGCAUAGUGCAGCAGGCAGAAACCUCCGCUGAGGAGCUCGGCGCCGUUACAGUCAAGGCCGCCUACCGUGCCUCUGAGCAGAAGCUGCGAGUAGAACUGCUCAGCGCCUCCAACCUCCUUCCCCUGGACUCGAAUGGCUCCAGCGAUCCCUUUGUCCAGCUGACGUUGGAGCCCAGGCACGAGUUCCCUGAGCUGGCCCCCCGGGAGACCCAAAAACACAAGAAGGACCUUCACCCGCUGUUUGAUGAGACCUUUGAAUUCCUGGUGCCUGCUGAGCCGUGCCAGAAGGAUGGGGCAUGCCUCCUGCUCACGGUGCUGGACCACGACACGCUGGGGGCUGACGACCUGGAAGGGGAAGCCUUCCUGCCCCUGCUCUCAGUACCAGGCCUGACUGGGACCGAGGAACCUGGCGAGGUGCCUCAAACCCGCCUGCCCCUCACUUAUCCGGCACCAAACGGGGAUCCAAUCCUGCAGUUGUUGGAGAGCCGGAAGGGUGAUCGCGAGGCCCAGGUGUUUGUGAGGCAGCGGCGACAGCGAGCCAAGCAGGCCUCCCAGCACCCCCCGCGGCCAGGGCAGUGACAGUGGAGGUUAGGGACAAGCUUUCAUGGGAGGUCUGGGGUGUCCCCCAUCACAGAGCAGCCCUCCAAAUUGGCCUCACUCCAGAGGUCCCUGCCAGUAUGGGAUCCUAGCAUGCCCUGUGGGCCUCCUGCCGGAGAGGAGUCCCUGGUGAUGGGGCACCACUAGCAAUAUUUAUAUUCCUCCCUCCUUUCCCCCAACCCCGGACUCAGUGUUCUCGGCCAAAUUCCAGCACCAGGGGGAGGGGGGGCAGCUCUCGGCAUCUCCGGCCCCUGCUCCCCGCUCUGGGUAAAGCAGCUCUGGCAGAGCAGAGCAGGGUCUCAGCCAUCUGUCUCCAUGUGUGCCUAUUCCUGCCAUUUGCAGGGGCAGGGGGCAGGCUCCCUUGGGGCCCGGGCUGUGGGCACACAGCCUGACGGGGGAGAGGACCCUGCCAAAGAUGAGGCUACAGCUGCCCUGGAGGGGAGGGAUGCUGCCAUAAUGAAGGGAGCCUUGGUCCUCUCCUGCUGCCAGCACCACGCUGAGCCUAAAGCCAGGGACCUUCUGGCUCUUAAGGGGUGAGGAGUGGCAGACAGUGGGAGUGGCAGAGAGGGGAGCAAAAGACAAGACAGCUUGGUUAGUCAUGUCUGUUGAGGACAUCUCCCUUGGGCAGUACCUGCCACUUAGAAAUGUUCUUAGCAAAAAAAAAAAAACCAAUCCAUCACUUAGAAAACACACUGUUGGCCUGCACUGGGGCCCAGAUUAAUCAGACCAUGCAAACCCCCUGUUCAGCCUCCAGGAGACCCUGAGCUUCCCCCCACCACCCUGGGGCCUAAGCCCACUCCUCAUGUUACAGAGCAGGGGGACAGAUGCAGAGGUAGCCGAUGCUGGUAUUUUGGCCAAGGUCUUCACACAGAAUGCUACCAGGCCUGUCAGUUUCUGUGGCUGCUGCCCAGCCAGGGCCUGACAUUCCAGGGGAAGCUCGCUGAGUGGGGAGCCUCCAAGGGGUGCAGGCUGAGGCCGAGUGGCUGCCCUAAACAGCAGGGCUUCGAGGGGCAGUAUCCCAGCCCUGGAGAAGUAGCCUCAAAGCUUGGAGUCAGACAGGUCUACCUGUCAUUCUAGCUGUGAAACCCUGGCUGGGUCAGUUAACCUCUCUGAGCAUGUAAAACUACCAUGGGGGGGGCAGGAGGUCAGAUAAGAUCAUCCCCAAGUCUCCUUUCAGCUUUGAACCACUGAAACCCCCCGAAUGCCCACUGGGUGUUUUUUCUCACACGCACCUAACAGGUCAGCUAAGAGCAGGGCGGGGAGGUGGUGGCCCCAAGGCUAGGACCCUCACCUCUCAGGGCCAGGAAGGCACGAUACUCCUCUGGGGCCCCCCUUUUUUUUAAUGCUUUUUUGAGAAGGCACAGUCUGUUCCUCUGGGGAACAGCUAGAGGCACUGUUGUCUUUCAGAAAAGUGACAUCAGUUGCAGCUGAUGACAGAGGUGGGCAGGAAGAGCUGUGGGGCCUGGGAAGUCUGUGUGUCCAGGGCUGAAGGUGCCCACCUCAGCAACCCCAGCCAGCCGGGCACAGAGCACUCCAGGUCUAGAAGCCUGGAGCCCCCUUUGGGCCUGGAUGGUCCCAGGGAGUGGCCAGAACAGCCAGGUUGGCCCACUCACCAUUCAGAGGCCCUCCCGGGGGCCCCACUCCCCCCCACCAUGUAAACAAGCUACCACUGCAAGUUCGUAUUUUAUUUCCAAUAGGUUUGGAGCUUUGUUUUUUGCAUUUUUAUAAAAAAAAGUUUUCACUUAA